AUGUUCUACUACGCAGCUUUUGUUGCCAUUGUUCUUCUUAUAGUUCGCUCCAAUGGUAAUCCAACGAGAUUAAAGAGAAAUGAACCGACUCGUUGUUGUAUACCAGACAAAUUUAGUGCCCAAAUUAGUACAUCAAGUGGUAUGCAAUUACCAGAUGAUAAAACAUUCGGGACUUAUGGAUACUAUAAUUUUUCAUAUGAUGUGGAUCGUGGUAUGGUUGGAAUGAAGGGAGUAUCAUUUUCGGUACCAGAGCAAAAGAAAUCAAAUAUUUGGAUUAUUGAAAAUAUAAAUGAUGGACAAAUUUAUACAAUAGAUCUAGAUUCAAAACAAUGUUACAAAUCAACAAUGCCAAUAAAACUAUUGCGUUGUAUACCAGAUUCAGCAACUUACUUACAUUCAGUUUCAUAUGGAUAUGGUAAUAAACAAAUCCCUGCUGAUACAUGGCUUGUAAUAAUGGAUGAUUUCAUUACUUAUACAACUGUGAGUAGUGAUGGUCUUUGUGUUCCAUUAUCUGGACAUAGUUUCCUUGCACAACCUCCUUUGGUCACUGCUGUGACAACAACAGAUUUUGAACCAAAUGUUGAUGAUCCAAGUAUAUUUGAUAUACCAGCAGAGUGUAAAAAUGCUGUCUAG